CAACAUUCACUUCAAUUCUGUCAUAGAUUCUGUCCAAUUUGACAUAUUCCAUCUAUGCCAUUGCCAUAUACCAUUCCUUGUUUUACAAUGUAAAUUUCAUAUGUGGUGUUUGUUAUUACUACCUAAUUAUAAUAAACAAUGAACGGGCACUCUGUAUUUGGUCCGCGGCUGAAACAAUUUGAGCAUGCAAAAGGAGAUGAAAAAUGUAAGCACAAGGAGUUUGGUUUAACUAACAUAAAGAGUAAGCAUAUCAAUGGAAAAUUUCGCCCAAGUCUCAAAAAGAGAAGCAUUUCGGAUAAAACUAAAUUUGAAGCAAAGGUAAUUGAGCAAAUGGUCUCGACAAUCGAAGAAUUGAAAAACAAAGUACACUACUUUGAAAAUUAUAUUACGUACGAAGUCGCACCUGAAGUUAAGAAUGUUACUAUUCCCAGUAAAGUGGAAGAUCAAUACGUAAUGGGUGAUACAAACGAAUCAAAAAACCUCAACCCUUCUGACCACAUGAAGAACACCGAAAAAUUUGCACAAGAUUCGAAGAAGAAAAGUGAAACCGACGCAUCUAUUGUAAAAUCGUCAAUUUCACUGAUGAAAAAUACCUAUAUCAACAUAAAUCCUGCAGUGAACCCUAAAUAUUUGAAAUCGGCAGCGCAGGAUUUUAUUAAGCACGCCGAAGAGUUAAAGUCUAACAUAACUUACAUGUUAGACAAUGAGAAUUGUGACACAAUCACUUUAAGUGAUGAGUCUGAAAUUGCUGCUGAUCCGUAUUCCAAAGAAAAAUAUAUGUUUAAUAAUCAGUCAAAUCUGCAAUGCUUGUUAUUAUCUGUUAGUGGGCAGUACGAUGCAAUUUUGAAAACUUUAGGAAGUAUAGAGCAACGAGUCCAACAAUCGGACAAGUUACAAAUCCACAAAAGCGUAAAAUUAUCUCAGACGUCCGCCAAAGUGUCCACAUAUAUUCCAAAUAGUGUACAUAAAGUUGAAAACAUUAAGACUAGUAAAACCAAAACACUAGAUAAUAGUAUAACGAAGGAGUCACCAUCAAAAGCAACUAAAAAGAAAUGGGAGAAAAAAUUAGAUCCUAUUGUUUUGGUGUAUGAACCUAUUAAACCAGCAGACUACACGCAAAAUAUAUGUGCACUUUGUGGCUAUGGAUCUUCUACGUGUCUCAUUGAAAAUUGCCGCGAACGAGUGAUCAAAUCUUCGUUGGACAAAGAAGAUGUAAGCUGCGGGUUUAUGGUUACUUAUACCCCAAAUCUCCGUAGCCAAUCAGAAUGUAUAAGCGAUCUAGUUAAAAAGGAUUCUAAAAAACUAAAAAAGAAAAAAUCAAGCUGUCUUUGGUUUUAACGGUUGUAUGUUUUGUGUUGAGUAUA